CAACUCGUAUCGUAUUAGGGGCUCGCUCCUCCUCCGUAUCGUAUCAGCGGCUCGCUCCUCCGUAUUGUAUCAGCGGCUCGCUCCUCCGUGUCGUAUCAGCAGUUCCUCCGUCCUCCGUAUCAUAUCAGCGGCUCCUCCGUCUUCCGUAUCGUAUCAGCGGCUCCUCGGCCGUAUCGUAUCAGCGGUUGCUGGCUGAGUACAUGGAAAUGUUGAACUGCUUCAACGGUUACGUAAAUAACUGUGGAAGAGCUCUGCUUUCAGCGCUACAAGUACUAUCUUCAACACCAACAAGCUCUCGAGCUAAAGCUCUCGAGCUUGUUGGUGUUGAAGAUAAUACUUGCAGUAACGUCACUUCGAUCUCGAGCUAAAGCUCUCGAUCUCAGUGACGUUACUGGUGUACCGAAAUCGUACCAGAAAAUGUACUCUGUUGAGGUCCGUGUUAUUUGUGUGGGAAGAGUUUUUGUACCGUGGGUUCAAGCCCCAAAGCUCUUGAACCCACGGUACAAAAACUCUUCCCACACAAAUAACACGGACCUCAACAGAGUACAUUUUCUGGUACGAUUUCGGUACACGCGCUGCGCGAGCUCCUCCACAAUUAUAUUACAUACUACCGGUAUUACGACUGAACUUCUUAUCUCAAUCGCGGAAAUUCAAUCCGUGACUUUGACGAUCAACCCGACGUCACGGAUCAAUAAGCUCUCAAAAUAAGCCUCGAUGUCUCUUUGAUCGCUGCAUUUCCAAUAAUAGAGCAACAGACAAGUUUUCAGGCAAGUCGGAGUAUAAUUUCAAUAAUUCAAUGUGUUCAAGGGAUAAGUGAACGUUGUGCUCACGUUCAUUCCGGAAGAUGCCUCCCAUCUCAAUUAUGAAUUCUUCGGGAGGUUUCCGCAGGGUGGAAUAUGAAAGCAAGGAUGAAAAUGCGUUGAGAUGUAAAUUUCUCCAAUUGUUCAAUGAGGGGCCAUCAGAGAUUUUGUGUUCACUUACGGCGAUAAAACCAGAAAGCGGAAUGGAAAAGUUGCCAGGUCCUCCGCCGAUACCGGCUUCUUUGGCUGCACUAGAUGAUUGGUCCAGUGGAUCAGAGGAAGAGCACCGGCGUAAAAACGAGCAAACCCCACUCAUUCGACAUACAUCGCGUAAAUCAGGGUCAAGGAAGAAUGCUUUUCGCAAACCCGACGGUUUUACAGAGCUCUCUACAAUUUCGGAUUGUAAAACACACUCACAGAGUUCAUGGAGUGACGGCGAGAAAAGGAUCGGCGACGACGAUGAUAGAAGUAUCUCUACCUAUUCUACAACUGGAGAAUCAGUUGCCUCUUUGAAGUCUUUAGCAACCGUCUCUCUUGAAAAUUUCAGGGAAGGGCUUUCAAUUCCAUUUACUGACGAAGAAGGAUCAUACCAAAAAAUAGCGAGAGGUCUCGGGUCACUAAGUGUUUUGGUAAGUUUGAAUGCAACCCAAUUCCACCACCGCACAACUAGAGAUCGAUUGUCCCCUUUCUGACUAUAUUUUUUCGAACGAAUAGGGCACCAUUAUUGGACUGACGAUGCCAAAAAACCAAUACCUCAAUGGUCGGUGGUAUCCUUGGUAUCGUGUGAUUAGUUCUGUGAUUGGUUACAACUAUUUUGUUUUAUGGAGCAUUUGUUUCUACCCACAAGUUCUUUUGAACUACCGUCGCAAGUCAACAAAGGGUUUGAGCAACGACUUCGCGAUUCUCAAUCUUAUGGGUUGGAGCUUUUAUUCGGCAUAUCUGAUCUCGAUGUAUUUUGACGACGAAAUCAAGAUAAUGUACCAACAACGCUUCAACAACGAGUCUUCGACAGUUCAAAGCAACGAUGUUGCCUUUUCGGUCCAUGCUAUGGUUUUGAGUUUUAUCUACGUGGUUCAGAUCAUAUAUUACGGCGAUUCAUGGUGUUCGUUUCGUUUGAAACCACUCACGUGGCUCCUGGUACUUGCCAUGGGGUUUCCAAGCGCACUGGUUCCUUGCUUGAUCAAACUUGGCUAUCUCCCCUAUUCUACGUGGCUCGACUAUUUUUAUGCGCUAUCUUUUUUCAAAAUUUGCUGCACGCUGACAAAGUAUUCGAAACAAGUAAUGUUGAAUUGGAAACGCAAAUCGACAUCGGGCUGGAAUAUAUGGUACAAUUUCCUCGAAUGCAGCGGAGGCUCGCUGAGUAUGCUUCAGAUUACUCUGGACUCUGCUGACAUGAGAGACAUGACGGGAAUCACCGGUAAUAUUGCUAAAUUCGCCCUCGGUUUCGCUACAAUAUUCUUUGAUGUAAGUUCAGUUGUGGAUUUGACCUCCGCUGYGACGCUGUAAAGAGAACGAUAUAGUAGGCUGACGUCUUCGUCGUUUCUACUCGAAAGGCGAUUUUCUUUUCGCAACACUACAUUUUGUAUCCAAACAAGAGAGCCGGGACCCAAGAAGAAGGAGUUCCGAUUCUGAUCAAAACGCCUAGCAUAGUCCGCACACGGAGCCGACUCGAUCUGUCUGAACUGAACGGCGUUGAUGUCGAGGCGUGAGAAAAAUACAGAGGUGGUGCGGCCUGAAAUGACAAUCGUUUUGCAUCGCAAUAGGAGACAAGACAUCAAUGUAGAGGAUACGAGCAAAGCAAUUCAUCCAUUGUUGCUGGUAGCUCAAUUUAGUCUUCGACCACGUACAUUUCAAUCAUAGUUAGCGCCUGCCUGUACUAGCAAACCACUUCAAUCAUGUAUGGUGGUAGCCCAAUUUGUCUCCAGGCAUGCACGUUCCAAUGAUAAAACGGAGGAACUUGAGUUCUUGUAAUAGGUCUUUUUGASGUUCACCUCGAGUUCCAAGUAAACCAACAAUACUAGCCUARAUAUCAUUAGCCAUUUGUGGUGAUGAUUUUUUCUCAUGGAUCGUGAUAAAUCUGGUUCAAGAUAGAAUAAUAAUAUAUCAUAGCC